AUGAACCUCCCAACCGGAAGUUGCGUUACGGCGGUACAGCUGGCGGCAUUUUUGUUUUGGAUGUGACUAGAAACAGCUACAGAAGAAGAAUGUAGAUGCUUCGAAGAGACAUUCUGAAAGCUGGAAAUAUAAACAAAUAUUAAUAAAACAAAAACAUAACAUAUUAAAAACUCGCGUGUGACAGGAAUGGAGAAGGAGAGUGAGGCUGCUGAGGCCGCUGAGGCCUCUGUCCUCUCCUCAGGGUGUGCUGAGGCAGUGCGUGCUGAGCUGCUGGACGAGUGCGAAGAACACUUUGAGUUUUUACAAAAGCUUCAGAAUGAAAUUGUCUCAUCAGAUGAAGGGUCUGGCGAUGGAGAAUCAAAUGAGGCAAUAAACCGUUUGAAUGCCAUCAUGACAGAGCUGGAACAGUGGCAGGAAAUGGAGCCCAAAUUACUGUCAACAAACCCUGACAUUUUAUUGGCCAUCGGAAAGCAAGAGCUGAAAAAACUCAACAGUCAGCUGAAGAUGGUCCUUUCCUGCUCCCAAGCAAGGCGAGAUGCCCUGAAAGACCUUUUGCAAAGAGAGCAGGCAUGGCUGGAAGAGAAGAAGGAGGUACAAAGCGCAGUGACUGAACGCGCCCUAACGUUGCGUGAGGAAAAUGAGAAGCUCUCCGAACACAGCAUUCUACAGGACAUUAAAAGAAAAAUCACCAAGGUGAAGGAUUAUCAUGGCACUCUCAUGGAGACGCUAAGCGACAUGUUAGUCGAGCAUUUUCCUCUCCCUGGUCAACAAGCGGUCGCCACCAAGAAAAAGAAGGGUGCUGUUCCAGAUUAUGGACCAAACCUCAUCUCACUCAGUGAGAUCCUUGAGCAAUUAACAAACAAAACCUUGGAAACACCUCACGAGCCUUACGUGAUGAUUGAUGACUCCUUUUGGCCACCGUACAUAGAAAUGCUUCUUCGUAACGGAAUUGCGAUCAGACACCCGGAGGACUGCAAUAAAAUUCGUCUGGAAAUGUUUCGUUAAUUUUUUAAAUAUAUAAAUCUUUUUUUUUUUUUUAAUUGAUCAGGUUUAAUUAGUCAGCCCAUCAUGAGAUAUAUGUACAGUCUUUUAUACUCUGAUCUUUGUUUUAAUGUGUAUUUAAAAAGCAAAUUGGUAAAUAAAAUGGCUAAAAACUAAA